AUGGGAACGGUGACCCCGGCAACAGGUGUCAACAACACCUUCCCACAGGGUGUCCCUUUUCCUUCCCCACCAUUACUACCACCUCCUUCUCUAUUUCCUCCCUUUCCCGAGUAUUGUUCUUUAUACCCUCUAUUCCACCUUUAUCCUCUUAUAUCGUCACAAGUCAGGAGUCUGUAUACUAUACACAUUACUAUAACCAGCCCAACUGUUUAGAGUACCCACUGUCACUAUGCCUCCCAGACGCAAAGCCGCUGCCGUCUCCCAGGCACGUACUCGAACAUUACACUCUUUCACAAAAAAGGUUUCAAAAAGCGUUAGUUCUACGGGAAGCGCUUCCGCCGUUAAGCAGGGGAUUCCGUUAAAAACAAGGGCCAAAAAGGUGGGUAGCAAGCCGGAAAAAAUAUCUUUGAAAAUUAUUCAGGACGGAGACGAAGAUGUACUUGUACCCGUUACGAUCGAGCCCGAACCCGCUAUUGUCCAGGUGGAGGAGUCGGUCGUUAAAGUUACCCCUACAUCUGAACCUGCGCCUGCACCUACUCCAGCGAAGAAACGGAAACGUGCCAUAGACGAUUUUUUCUCGCCCCCCACUAAGAAGCCUGCUGUCGCUACCUGUACUACUGUUACUCGUCCAUUACCGUCUCCGCCGGCUUCUUCCCCGCCGUUGGAGAGUCUUCCGGCAGACCUAGCCCUGUUACAGACCCUUCAUGGCUCGCUGUUAACGGCUCUACUUUUGCAUAGGGCCCAUCAUAACAAUGGUACACACCCCGCUUCAUUCUCCGCCAUAAAGCUUCACGCGGAGCGUCUUGCUCGCAGGGAUCUUAGCUUCGAGGAUCUUAGGAGGAUAGUGUAUAUAUCCCACUAUGGAGAAAAGGCAGACAACGGCGGCUUCAAAUUGGUUGACUACGGCGCCGGGAAUAUAUGCAUCGACUUUAUCGAGAAGACCGGGGCUCGAAAACUGGUCAACACGAAACUACUCAAAGAGGAAUUCGAGGCAAAACUAUGGUUAUACUUUCGUAGGCAUCGGGGGGACUCAAACGCCCAACUCAUCACUCCACCAAGCUCAUUCACCGAGGACGAUAAGGGGGAGGAAAAGGAGGGGACCGGGAAAAAAGAUUCUGCCUAUGAGACCAUAGUCCCCCUCGCCGAGAUAGUCGCACAUCCCCAAGCUGCCACCAUUCAAAGCGUCCUGCACAGCAAGAACCAAGCCGUGCUCCAAGAACUCCGCAAACCUGCCUCUGUGCCUCCUCCUAAAUCCGCGACUCGCGUCACUCCCCUCUCUUCUCGCACGUCAACACUUUACGACCGCAUCCGUGCUAAAGCCGAGGCUGCAGCUGCAGCCCGACAGAAGGCACCAUCAAAGGAAGCCCUGGCCCGUGCCGCCGCUGAGCAACGAAUCCCAGAGAUUGAGCCGAUCCUAAGAAGCCUAGCCGGGCGCGGGACAAACAUGACGAUGAAAAGCGUCGUUGAAGGGAUCAAGGAGAGUACGAGAAAUCCCAUAUCAAUGGAAGAUGCGGAGAAAGUUGUUAGAGUCAUAGCAGAAAGGGACGGUGGAAAGGGCUGGGUCAGGGUUGCUGAUGUUGGGAGGGUUACUGGUGUAGUCUUUACCAAGAGGGAUACUGGUGGGUUUGAGUAA